AUGGAGCCCAUCGACCUCGUACCGAGCGGCUACAGGUUCCUUCCCACGGCGGAGGAACUCUUGGUUGACUACCUCGCCAACUGCGUCGCCGGCGCACCCCUCCCUGGCCGCGCUGUCGCCUUCGCGGACGUCUACGGCACCGAGCCGUGGAAUCUUCUAGGCAGCGAUCGCCAGGAGGGCUAUUUCUUUGCGGAGCGCAAGCCCAAGAACAGCGGCGGCUCGCGCGUCGAUCGAAAGAUGUACAGCACCGACGAUGACUUCUUCGCGAGCCUGGAACAGAUCCAUGCCUCCUUGAUGUCCGAUGACACGAUUCCAGCCUCGGUGAUGUUUGGCACCAACACUGAUUCAACCACGGUCGCAGCGGCUUCGUCGUCAUCAUCGAUCGACAUUGUUGAGUGUGAGCAGACGGAGAUCAUAGAUGAUAAUGACGACUUCCUGCAAAGGAUUGAAGCACUCAUGAAGUCCGAUGACACCCCUAUUGAUUCGACUAUGACCUGGUGGUUGGAUCCGUAG